UACCAUCCUUGUUUUGCCGCUAUCUUGGCUGUUAUCGUUUAAUAGAAUUUGAGCGGCAUUUCUGUAACAAAACAAGCCAAACAAAUAUUACAAUUUUUAGCAACGAUUUGUUAUAAUGACUGAACACAACGGCCCCGCAGUGCGCAUGCCAUGGGUGGAAAAGUACCGUCCAAGUGGCCUAGAUGAUUUGAUAUCACACGAGGAAAUAAUAUCAACAAUUAGCCGUUUCAUCAGCCGUAAGCAGCUUCCCCACUUGUUAUUCUACGGGCCGCCCGGCACGGGAAAAACCAGCACAAUUUUGGCCUGUGCCAGACAGCUCUAUUCCCCGCAGCAGUUCAAGUCCAUGGUCCUGGAGCUCAAUGCAUCCGACGACAGAGGAAUUGGCAUCGUCCGUGGACAAAUUCUUAACUUUGCGUCCACGCGAACCAUUUUUUGCGACACCUUCAAACUGAUUAUUUUGGAUGAGGCGGAUGCCAUGACCAACGAUGCCCAAAAUGCGCUGCGUCGUAUCAUUGAAAAGUACACCGACAAUGUGCGAUUCUGUGUGAUUUGCAAUUAUCUCAGCAAAAUCAUUCCGGCCCUGCAGUCAAGAUGCACUCGUUUCCGAUUCGCUCCCUUGUCCCCAGAUCAGAUGAUGCCCCGACUUGAAAAAAUCAUAGAUGCCGAAGCGGUUCAAAUUACAGAGGAUGGAAAGCGUGCUCUUUUAACUCUAGCCAAAGGCGAUAUGCGAAAGGUUUUGAACGUUUUGCAAAGCACUGUGAUGGCGUUCGAUAAGGUUAAUGAGGAUAAUGUCUAUACAUGUGUGGGAUAUCCUUUGAGACAGGAUAUUGAACAGAUACUUAAGGCAUUGUUAUCUGGGAACAGUGUGGAGGACUCUUUUAAAACUGUUGAAAAUGCAAAAUAUGCUAGGGGUCUUGCAUUGGAGGACAUUUUAACAGAGUUGCACUUGUUUGUGAUGAGGCUUGAACUGCCCAUGUCUGUUAUGAAUAAGCUUAUUGUAAAGCUGGCCCAAAUCGAAGAAAGAUUAGCAAAGGGAUGCACAGAACCUGCUCAAACGGCUGCCCUAGUGGCCGCCUUUUUCAUUUGCAGAGAUAUGGUUUCCUUGGAGAAAUAAAUGUUUUAAAACAAUUUUUCAUAAAAUAUAUUGUUUUCAUUUUAAUUUGUAUAGAUAUUUCAAAAAUUAAAAACAAAUGAACUAGUUUAAAAAAUUUCUUUAGAAAUGUUUUAUGUUACAUCGAUUAUAAUUUUCAAGAAAACUAAAAAUUUAAUUAUAAUCUAAAAAAUAUUUAAUUUUUAAUUAUAUUUAAAAUAAAAAAUGGAAAAAAUUGAAUGUUUUUUAAAGCUACUUUGUCGUUCCGAUUCCAUUGUUCCGCAUUAAAUAAAAACUUUGGGACGCCACCUUGGCGAGCUUUGCCAAUAACAGAGUGUAAUAUAUUUUUUUAUUAAACAAAAUAUCACGGUAUUGCUAAUUGGUUGUGAAUCACGCAUACGGAUUCAUAUCUGCCAGAUUAGCAAAUUGAGUGUCUUUGUCGGUCGGAAAAUUGUUUCGCAUUGAGUGCUUUGGGCGUAGCAGGCUGGAUCCACCCUAAAAAAUAUGGCAGCCGAAAUAAAA